AGUUAGAGUCGGUGAGCGCAGAAGAUGCAGCGUGAGGCAACCACAAAGUCUCGAUACCUUUCGGUAAUACUGGUAAUGUACUGUAGUCACCACUGGAAUCACUUUUCAAUCACAGUCCAAACCAGUCUUGACCAGAGUGAACCUUGCAACGUUUCUGUUGCAGUUGGACCUGAAGAUCAUUUUGAACCCUCAGAGCAAAAUAAUGGAAACAACUCAAUUCAAGACCCUGAUAUCCUGGAAAGUAUUGUGGAAGACAUUAUAGCCAGGGGUAUUUUUGCCUCAGAUCAGCUAAAAAAUGAAUCCAAAAUGUUGAGACGGGCUAUGGAAAUUGCUGGGCUGAACACUUGUGCCAAACUGUGCAGCUACAGACUCUCAACAACUUAUUUCGAACUUGAAGUUCAAGUUAUUAGAUUCAAUGCCGAUCAAAACAUCAGAACAGCAACACUAUCAGCACACCAAAACCUUGUGGAGAUUCCCUUGGAAAUGGAAAACAGUCAACAAGGUUUUGAUCUCGUUGCUUUGGCCUUCCUCUCAUACAACAGCACUAAUCUUAAUGACAUACAUCUGGACAUGAAAAACCUAAAGAAACCAGGGAUCACAGUAAUCUCUGAUGUAGUAACAGCCAUAAAAAGGGCAAAAAACUUAAGGAAGCCCUCUGAACCAAUCCAUUUUAUCUUCCAAAAUGAUCAGACAGUAAAUGGAUUUGUCGAAUGUGUAUACUUGAAGAGUGGAAUGGACAACAGCACUGCAUCUUUUGAAGAGUGUGACACAGAAAAUUUCAACGAGACCCAUGUUGUAUGCAAGUGUAAACUAGUAUCUGACUUUGCUGUACUGGCAAAACACCAAAACAUAAUGAGUUGCCAAUCAUCAUCUAUAUUAACGGACAUUGGGAUCUUUGUGAUAGUGGCAUGUGUUGCCAUCACAUUAUUUGCAACAGCAAUCUGUUCAGAGAAAAAACCAGUCAUAUUCCUGUGUCUGUUGCUGGUGGAGCUGUCUGCCCUGGCAAGUUUCGAUGUAUUUGGGCAUGUAGUCGGAUACAGGAAUCAUUUUGAAGAUACUAAAUCGAUAAUAACAAUCACAUGUUUAAUUAUCUCGGAGGUGUCUCUCGUGGUCAUGAUCUUCAUUUUUACACAUUGUUCCUUGGCAAAGACACAUGUUAGCAAUUCUCACAUUCACCUGUGCCUGAACUUGUUCUUAGCAAACAUGCUGUUCAUAACUCAAAGUGACAGAAUUUGUAACAAGACUGUGUGUGCAAUCACAGCUGUUUGGUUACAUUAUCUCUACUUGACGGUGUUCGCCUGGAUGUUUAUGGAAGGACUACAACUCUACCUUAUGUCAAUUAACCUGCGGAACAUGAGGGUUUCCAGUUCUACCACCAUGCAAAAAUUCAAGAUUCCAUUUUGCUAUUUAUCCCCAAUUGUGAUAGUGGUGAUAUCUGCAGCAACACAUCCAAGUGCAUAUGUGUCACAUACUAACUGCUUUCUACAGAAAGAAAAUAUUUGGUACUUCUCUGGACCUGUGCUUCUGAUAAUUCUGGUUAAUAUUAUCCUGUUCAGUAGAACACUCUGGAUACUGACUGAGCAGAUUUCUAAACGUAACACUGAAAUAUCAAAAAUCAAAGAUUCCAGAAUGCUGACAUUUAAAAUACUUCUUCAGCUAGUUAUUUUGGGAUGCCCCUGGAUUAUUGGAUUCUUUGAUGACGAAGAUCCCAGUGGAAUAAUGGAAUACAUAUUCAUUAUAAUUAUACCUCUCCAAGGCUUCCUAAUUUUUCUUAUCCUGUGUGUUUUCAGUGCUGAGGUGAGGGAAGAAUGUAAGAAAUGGUUUCUAGGAGUGAUACAAAAGCACAACAUAUCCAACUCAACACUUUAUACUGGCACCACCUAAUCCGAUCAAUCGGUUAUGUGGAGUGAAGCCAAAAUAUUGGCUGAAGAAACAUAAACCACAAGAUUUAUAUUUCUUUCAGAAUUUCACUUGUUUUAACCCAGUAUCAAGAACACUCCAAGUUCUCUGAAGAAUAUAUACUUCUAAUUGUUUGUUCCUUUUUCAGUUUAUUGUGUCAACAAUAUUAUUGCUAGGGACUACUCUUCUGAUGAAGAUAGAAGGGAAAGGUGUGAUUUUCUUUCCCAUUAGCUAUCAACAACAUGUAGAUAACACCAAGAUGAGAUUUAUUUCCUGUUCCAAUGAUAUGUUAAUAACAAAUCAUGAUUCGACUUAUUAUAUACUAAAAAGAUAUUUUGUCAGGAUUCAUCUUUCUCUGAUUCUCCUUCUUUAGCAAAAAAAUUUGACUUGAGAAAUCACGAAUGUACAGCAGGAAAGGCAAUUCACAAGGCACUAUUACCAAGGCACCUGUAUUUUGGUGUCUAUUUUUUAUUGGAUAGAAGAAUUUGAUUAUAUUGCAUUUAUGCUCUCUAGGUUUUCAUACUGCAAUUCUUUAUG